AUGACGUCCACCUCCGCUCCUAGCAAAAAGUCUCUGCCCGACAUGAUGACCUCACUGAAAAUCGUCCAGUCUGGCCAGGUCGAGAUCGUCGACCAGCUCCUUCUCCCACACUCUGUUGAAUGGCUUCCUGUCUCUACUCCUGAAGAGGCUUUCGAUGCCAUCAAAACCAUGCGCAUCCGAGGCGCACCAGCCAUCGCUUCCCUCGCCGCUCUCACCCUCCGGUCUUACAUCGCUUCUUCUUCUUCCCCCGUCUCCUCCUCCAGCUCCUCUUCCGAUACUAUUGCUUGGGUCAACAAGACUAUCGACUACCUCCAGUCUUCUAGACCCACCGCUGUCAACUUGGGCGAGGCUAUGGACCGUAUCCGAGCUGUCCUGAAGGACGCCGAGGCCAAGAAAUUGUCUGCCGGAGAGAUCGUUGAGCAGGUCAAGAAGGUCUGCGGAGAUGUGCAUGACGAGGAUUUGGAGAGAAAUAUGGAGAUGGGAAGAUUAGGUGCUGAGUGGCUGUGGAAGAAGAGAGGAGCGGGCAAGAAGGGUUUGAAGGUCAUCACCGUCUGUAACACUGGUAGUCUGGCCACUUCUGGCUACGGUACGGCCAUUGGUGUCAUCACCUCCCUCUUCCAGACCGACCAGCUCGACACUGCCUACUACGCCCAAACUACUCCUUACCACCAAGGCUCCCGACUCACCUCUCUCGAAUUGACCACCCUCCAAAUCCCUGCCUGUAUGGUCUGCGACACCAUGCUCGGAUCCCUCAUGCAGCACGAGGAUAUCGACGGUGUUAUUGUGGGUGCGGACCGCGUCGUCAAGAACGGUGAUACUGCCAACAAGAUCGGAACUUAUCAAGCAGCCGUCCUCGCCCAAAGACAUAACGUGCCCUUCAUCGUCGCCGCCCCCGUCACCACCAUCGACUUGUCCCUCCAAACCGGUGCCGAGAUCCACAUCGAACACCGUCCCGCUGUCGAAGCCACCCAAGUCCGCGGCCUCAACACCGAAACCGGCAAGCUUUCCGUCGUCCGCAUUACUCCUCCCGGCGUUGGAGAGGGCGACAAGCCGUGGCAGAGGGUGUACAACCCCUCGUUUGACGUUACUCCUGCCGAGCUUAUCAGCGCUGUAGUGACGGAGAAGGGUGUGGCUGAGAGGAAGGAAGGAGAAAAGAGUAUCGACGUUCAGUCCAUCUGCUAG